AUGUGUUUUCAAAUCUUUCUCCAUUUUGUCAGGAAUCGUUCUACCACUGCAGUAGGUUUUCUUUCUGUGGCAGUGUACCGGCUCCCAGUUUUGAAGACAUACAUGGAAAAUACUCAUCAGAAAAAAACCCUCUUGGGGCAGCGGCAGAAUUUGCCAUGUAUUGCACCACUGCUGACCACGGUGGAGGAGACUGUGCAGAUCAUCUCUGCUCAAGUCAAGGGACACAUUCCUGAGUGGCUCCAUGGCUAUCUACUUCGGGUUGGACCUGGAAAAUUCGAAUUUGGGAAGGAUAAGUACAGUCACUGGUUUGAUGGAAUGGCUUUGCUUCAUCAGUUCAGGAUGGAGAAAGGCACAGUGACAUACAGGAGCAAGUUUCUACAGAGUGAUACAUAUAAGACCAACAGUGUUGGAAAUCGAAUUGUGAUCUCAGAAUUUGGCACACUGGCUUUUCCUGAUCCAUGCAAAAAUAUUUUUGAACGUUUCUUGUCAAAGUUUGAACGGCCUGGUAAGGUUUCAGCCAUGACAGACAACACCAAUGUCAACUAUGUGCAGUACAAGGGUGAUUACUACAUGAGCACUGAGACCAAUUUUAUGAAUAAAGUGGACAUUGAAACUCUGGAAAAAAUAGAAAAGGUGGAUUGGAGCAAAUUUAUUGCUGUAAAUGGAGCAACUGCACAUCCUCAUUAUGAUCCAGAUGGAACAGCAUACAAUAUGGGGAAUUCCUAUGGACCACAAGGUUCCUGCUAUAAUAUUAUUCGGGUUCCUCCAGAGAAGGUGGACCUUGGGGAAACAAUACAUGGAGCCCAGGUGAUAUGUUCUAUUUCUUCUGAAGAGAAAAUGAAACCUUCUUACUACCACAGCUUUGGAAUGACAAAGAACUAUAUAAUCUUCAUCGAACAGCCUCUAAAGAUGAACCUGUGGAAAAUUGUCACUUCUAAAAUUCGAGGAAAGGCCUUUUCAGAUGGGAUAAGCUGGGAACCUCAGUAUAAUACCCGAUUUUAUGUGGUGGAUAAACACACUGGACAGCUUCUUCCAGGGAUGUACUACAGCAAACCUUUUAUUACUUUUCAUCAAAUCAAUGCCUUUGAGGAUGAGGGCUGUAUUAUAAUUGAUAUGUGCUGUCAAGAUAAUGGAAGAAACCUAGAUAUUUACCAACUACAGAAUCUCAGGAAAUCUGGGGAAGGGCUCGAUCAGGUCUAUAAUUCGGUAGCCCUAUCUUUCCCUCGAAGGUUUGUGUUGCCCUUACAUAUCAGUGAGAAUGACCCUGCAGGAGAGAACCUCAGUCCAUUGUCCUAUUCUUCAGCCAGUGCUGUGAAACAGAGUGAUGGGAAGAUCUGGUGCUCUCAUGAAAAUCUACAUCAUGAGGACCUAGAGGAAGAAGGAGGCAUUGAAUUUCCUCAGAUCAACUAUGGCCAGUUCAGUGGCAAAAAGUAUAAUUUCUUCUAUGCCUGUGGCUUUCGGCAUUUGGUGGGGGAUUCUCUGAUGAAGGUUGAUGUGGUAAACAAGUCACUGAAGGUUUGGAGAGAAGAUGGCUUUUAUCCCUCAGAACCUAUUUUUGUUCCAGUACCAGGAGCUAAAGAAGAAGAUGAUGGAGUUAUUCUUUCUGUGGUGAUCACUCCCAAGCAGAAUGAAAACAAUUUUCUUCUUGUCUUGGAUGCCAGGAACUUUGAAGAACUUGGCCGAGCAGAGGUACCUGUGCAAAUGCCUUAUGGGUUCCACGGCACAUUUGUACCUAUCUGAUGGGAUAACUUCAAGGUCUGGGAACUAGAUUUAAAGUGAAUGUACUCUGUGGAAAAGAGAGAAGAAGGCAUCUUACU